AUGUCAGACCCUACAGAACAAACGUUGGAGAGUGGUUCCCCGGUACCGGUUGCAAACCGCCAGCUUCCUACAAGAGUGUCCAAGGCCUGUCGCCGAUGCCGCCGGAACAAAAGUAGAUGUGACUCUUUCCGGCCUUGCUCCCUGUGCCAGAGGUCCAACGUUGAGUGCGAGCCAGAAACAUUAGAUCAAGCAUCCAAGGGCAAAGCCAAACCCAAUGGUCACCGUCGACUAGCGAGGCUCCGGCAGCGGACUCAACAAGCAAACCGUAGCAGCAGCUGCGAGACCCUGCCCGUCUCACUGCCGCCUGUUCAACAACAGCCUUUGCUUAGCCGUGGAACCACUUCUGCUGAUGGUUUAGCAAGCGGUAAUAUCUCGGAACCAGCAGAACCAGCCAGUCCGUGCGAACCGCUGGAUUAUGGAGAAUCCGAAUCAGCCAUGGGCUUUGCUCGAAAAAUCUACAGACUAGGAAGCCAGACCAUUGAUCAGCAGCAAUGCUCUGCUAUUCCCGACGGGGCAUUUGGUACCAGGACUCCUCCGGGCAGGUCCAGGGAAAAGCGUUUACCGAUAUCCACCAUUCUAGGUGGCCGGUUUCCGAAACAAAAUGACAUUGACUCACUAUUAGAAGAUUAUUUCGAAUCUGUACACUGGUUUUCGCUAGUAAUCUACGAGCCAAAAUUCCGCAAACGCCUAGUUGUUAUCAAGGAUGGUUACGCAUAUCCCACCGAAACACCGUUCUUGACGUUACUCUCGAUUAUGCUAUGCAUGGCAGCGUGGUAUCGGUCAAAAAGAUGCGAUAGCGAAGACGGAGGCGAAGAAUGGCGGCUUUGGAGCGACGACCUGUUGAAGAUUGUUGAGUCUCGCCUGAUACACAUCAUGGACCAGCAUUCCAUUGCCGCUAUUCAGACCCUCAUACUGCUGGGAUCGCAUCAUGUCUAUCAUGGUCGGCCCAACUUGUCGUUUGCCCUGUUAGGUGCGACUAUCAAGAUAUCACAUGCCAUGGGUUUGCAUCGUAAUCUAUCCAGCGAAUGCUUCGAUAAUGCCGAAGAGCGAAAAAGAAUAUGGUGGACGAUCUAUACCUGGGAUAGGUUUGCUUCCAUCUCCUUCGGUCGGCCGUUGAGUAUCAAUGACGAAGACUGCAACGUUUGCAUGCCCUGCGAGUUUCUCGAGUCACCCUUUUUCAAGCCCGAGUCGAUUGAACAAGGAUUGCCUAGUGUCCAAUAUUCACCGUACCAGACCCAAUUGACCACGCUCUAUAUACUGGCUUCCCCUGCCUUGAAGACGAUAUUCGGCUCCCUGUCAGCGCAGUCAGUCGGUCAGCAUUUCGACGCCGAGUAUCGAUCACUGGUCAGGGAUGUCACGCAAAAACUGUUAAUUUGGCGACGGGACUUGCCAUCCUUCUUGUCCCUGGACUUGAAUCGAGACUAUGCCCCAAACAAUACCCAAUGGGACGUCCGGGCGCAUCAGUUACAGGCUCUAUCGCUACAGUUGACAUUUGACAAUGUAUUGAUCGUGCUUCAUCGUCCAUUUCUAGCUCGUCAGAUUGAGAAUCUAUCUGCUCAGACCCCAAGUAGUUUGCCUGGUUUUGAUGGCUCGUCUUCGGGCCAGCGUAUGCAGCAGCAUGUGCCUUCACACUGCAGCGCAUCACCAUCCCAGAGUGGCCAGUCGCCUAACUUUGAAGCAAAUGCCAGCUCCGAACAAUGGUGGAGUGCAGCAGUCCGAACUGCUCGCAUCACUGAAUUACCGCGUCUCACCCAUCUAGCCACCGACAGCCACCUGAUAGCGUUUAUGGCCAUGAACUUAUUUCAUGCGGCCAUCGUGCUGACUCUAGUGGCCCUGUCUGAGCCGCUUUCAGACCCGGCUCAAGCAGUCAAGCGAACCAUCACGCGAGUAUUUCAGCUGCAGGAACUGCUGGGCCAGCAGUCAGCUCUGGCUAGCCAAAGCAGCGCUGUCCUCAAGAACCUUAUAUUCCUGCUUGUUCGGCGCGAAGGAGAGGCUAUGCUUGGUUCGGCGGCAUCCAAACCAGGGCUUAUCAAUAAUACACAAACAAGGCAUCGAAUUACUCCUGAUACGGAUCGCAGCCCCAUACCAAUUGAGCACUCUCUUCGCCUCCCCUUGGAAGCGGCGCUCAAUGCAGAUAAACGGUCCAAUAGAGCAGUCAGAUCGGAUCUGAGCAUUACACAGCGAUUGAACCAGAGCUUGGCAUCGGUUCAACAGAUUAUCCCACCUUUCUGUGACGACUCCAUCCAAGAUAACUUCUUCUCAGCUCCAAGGAAUACAGCUUCUCAGCACGAGUCAGUACCGCCCCCACAACAUAAUAUGUGGUUCCCGCCCAGCGGCUUUCAAGUACCUUCCGAAGCUCUAGAGAAUAAUGACGGAGAUGCGGUAGACUAUGGGGCAAAUGGUCUGUUCUGGCUUUGGGACUCUACAUGGGCUGGUUAA